AUGACUGACGUUCUUGGUGUUCUUGUCAUCGCCCGCAAUGGUGACCGCACAGAGUACUAUCAGGACCCCAGGACCUAUGAGAGCUCCUACACCGAAAGCACUGCUCUUGGUGCUGCCGAGUCUCACCAGCUCGGAUCCUUCCUUCGCUCGACCUAUAUGUCCUCGUCUUCUCCUUCAUACAUCGCGGACAUGAAAACCGACCUCGUGGACACCCAUGAGGUCCACGUCCACGCCAAGGCUGGCGGUGAGGGUACCGUGAUCUUUGACUCUGCUAUCGCCCUCCUCCAGGGUCUUUUCCCUCCCAACCCUGCUAACAAGAUCGUUCUUGCCAACGAGACCACCGUCAUUGCUCCCCUUGGCGGUUACCAGUAUGUUCCCAUCGAGACUGUCGAGCCCGGUAACGACAAGUCCCUUGAGCCAUGGACUGACUGUCCAGCUUUCGAGCAACACAUCGCCGAUGUCUACUCGUCUUCUGAGUUCAAGGAGACCGCAAGGGCUGCUGGUCCUUUCUUCGGUUCUGUCAGGGACUACGUUUUCGGCCGCCCUACUACUCUUGAGAAUGCCUGGAAUAUUUACGACUACGUCUCGACUGAGCUCUCACACAACAAGACCUACGCUCACCGCCUUCCCCCCACCUUGGUUGAGCAGGCUCGUGGUUUUGCUGACUUCCACGAGAACGCCGUAUUCUCGGACAAGGAUGUCGGUGGUAUUGGUAACUUGGCUGGCCGCACGAUCCUCCAUACGGUCUUGAGCUCCCUCCAGCGGAUUGCAUUCAACGGCGACCCUCUACAAUUCCUCCUCAUUGAGACCUCUUACCAGCCUUUCAUCUCGCUAUUCCACAUGUUUGAGAUGGUCAAGGAGAGCCCUGAGCUUGCCGGUAUCCCGAACUAUGCUUCUGCUCUUGCCUUCGAGCUCCGUCGCGGACCUGCUCCUGAAGACCGUGACUUCGUCAGGAUCAAGUUCAAGAACGGCACCAACGGCGCUUUCGAGACCUACCACGCUUUCGGCCACAAGUCUGACAUUGCUGCAACGGAAUUCAUCUACAGGAUCGAGAACUACGCCAUUACCAGCCAGAAGCAAUGGGCCGCUGCUUGCAGCUCAGGUCUUGAUGAUGACUGGCUCCACAUUGGCUCCCAGGACGCGAUCUCCAGCACUGUCUUUGCCAUUCUGGCCGCUGUCUUCCUCCUCGGCAUGUUCGUCCUCUCCAAGUUCGUCAAGAGCGCCCGUGCCAAGGCUCAGAACACUCGCAUCCGCCUUGCUGACGAUGAGGUGAGUCAGUCGCACCCACCUCAGAGCCAGUACCCCAAUUAUGGAACCCUUUCCAACGUCGGUCCUGGUAUCGCGCCUUUCUGA